AUGGGUGCGACGAGAGCAGUCCAAUCCAUUCUGCCUAAAUCACAGGCCCCAGCCUGGACAGCCUCAAGGCGCAUCACAGAGUUCAUAGCACACGUUACCCCUAUAACAUCUCCAUCACAGGCCAACUUCUACGUUGAGUCUCUUCUUGAGUCAGAUAAACGUAUACGCAAUGCAACGCACAAUAUCACGGCGUGGCGUAUUAGAGGCGAGGGCACUGGCCAUCAGCAAUUCAAUGACGAUGGUGAGACGGGAGCCGGAUCCCGACUCCUGCAGCUGAUGCAGUCCAUGGAUCUUUGGGACUCUAUGGUUGUAGUUACACGCUGGUACGGGGGUGCCCAUUUAGGAUCCAAAAGAUUCCGGUUGAUCACUUCCGUGGCCAGUGACGCCUUUGUGAGGGCUGGCCAGGCCUGUAUUGCCUGCUUACCAAGACUAAGCCUCAGGUCUCUAUAG